UUUACGCAUGCGUUCUACCUAUCAGCUGACUAUGACUCUGAGAAAACUACCAACGAACGGUGUUGUUCAAUGUUCAUUGUUGGAAGAACGUCGAAGCGAGAGUAUUCACGUUGCUUCCUUUUCAACGAGCACAUCGUUCGAAUAGAAAAAAAUGUUGUUCUUUGGAGUAUUGUCUGUUCUUUUGGCAGCAGCAUCUGCUGAAUUUUGCUAUACUGAUGUUGAAGGAGCUUGCAGCACAAGACCCACACCAAAUGAUGGUGCAGUAAUACCAAAUUGUAAUGCAAAAUAUGGAGCUAUUGAGGCACUUCAAGCUGAACUUCAAUCUUAUGCAAAUGCUAAUAUUGAGUCUAGUUUUGAGUUUUUAUUAAUGUCUAGUUAUUUUGGAAAUUAUGAAGAUCAGCGUGAAGGAUUUAAAGCAUUAUAUCGUAAAUAUUCUGAUAAAAUGUGGGAGGAUGCGAUUGAUGUAAUCAAAUACAUAGCUAAACGGGGUGGUAGAAUGAACUUCAAUCAGUUGCCACAUUUCAAGAAACAAACAAAGGAGAGCAGAGUGCUGGAAUUGAAUGAACUUACCAGCUUGGCUAAAGCACUUGAUACUCAGAAGCAGCUUGCUGAUGAAGCAAUGCAUAUACAUUCUCAAGCACUGCCUCACAACAAACAUGAUGCUGCUAUUGCUCACUACAUUGAAGAACAAUUCUUGGAAUCACACACUGAACGCGUACGUGAUUUAGCAGGCUACACAACCGAUUUGAAGAACUUAUUAACCGAACGCGAUCCAUCUGUUUCUAUAUUUUUGUUUGAUGAAUAUCUUAAAAAAGCUCUAUAAAUACCUUAUAAACAAAGUUACAAAAGA